UUCACUCUCAGGUAUGCCGUUGACUGCUGUUGUCUGCAUGAAAGAAAGGAGAGCGGCAUCCAUGUCCAGUGCUUACGAAGAGGCCCAAUCACCAAAACGGCCCAUUAUUCCCACGAGCUCGUGACCGUGCCACUCACUCACGAAUCACGACUCACGACUCACUGGUCACGUCACUCGCAGUUCGCCCAGAGAACUUUUCCCAAUUUCUGAGAAAUUUACACAAACCCGAUCGCGAGAAAAACUAGGGUUUUGCAUUUCAGAAUAAUUCGUCUCCUCUCUCUACACGUUUCUGGGUUUCCUUUUUCAUUUUUCAUUUUUCAGUCACUCACAUCUCUCUCAACUUUCACUUGUAUUCAAUCGUUUCAAUUACCCCAACUCUGAAACCGGUCGAACCCUAAUUAUUCUACAGAAACAGUCUCUCUUUAUGUAUAUGUAUAUGUGUAUGUAUAUAUUUGAGAUUUUCGAGUCACUUUUGGAGGAAAAAUUUGUCAGAAAAAUAAACCGUAGGACGAUUCGUUCUCAGUGAGUUCUUGGAAUACUUAAAGUUCGGCAUCUCUCUCUCUCUCGGACAACAACAGUCACCACCUGAGACGACCACCGACGAUCCAGCAACGACAUCACUCUUCGCUCGCUCUCCUUUCUUGCAACGUGUCACUCAUUCUUCUCUCUCACUGUUCCACUCGUCUACCGGCAACUGAGGACGCAACUGGAGGCUUGGAUUCGACGACCGUGAUCCUUCUUUCUUCGCAGUGUGUUCCACUCUGUAAGAAAAUUUAUAUAUACGAACACAUAUAUAUUUAAUAUAUAUAAUAUAUCCGAAUAUAUACUCCCUUAGUUUUCGCUGAUAUUCCUAUGGAAGACUUACACCCGCAAAACUAAACAGUGCCUGAAUGCUACCAUUGUUUAGGAUACCAUUAUCAGUCACUCUGAGACAUGGUGGCAACCUCACCAUAUUACCCCUUCCGAGUUCCGUUCAAAAUUUCAUACCAAUUCUAUGCAAUCUCAAGCUUCAAUGGGAACCCCAAUUUUAUCAAUACCACUCAAUGAAAAGACCCGGAAUAGCCAAAACACCCAUACCUCGGAUAGAUUAUACAGUCAAUCAAAAUGUGGCUCGGCUAAAUUGGAUGAUCACAGAGUUUAGCAGAGAGGGUCGAAUUCCCGAAGCACGGCGCCUGUUUGAUGAAAUGCCUGACCCAGAUGUGAUUACAUGGACUACUAUGAUUUCAGGUUAUAUCAAGUGUGGGAUGAUUAGGGAAGCAAGAAACUUGUUUGAUAGGGUGGAUGCCAAGAAGAAUGUGGUCACUUGGACUGCUAUGGUUUCCGCAUAUAUAAAAAAGAAUCAGAUUUUGAAAGCAGAGAAGCUAUUCCAUGAAAUGCCUCACAAAAACACUGUUUCAUGGAAUACCAUGAUUGAUGGGUAUGUGCGAAAUGGUCGAAUGGAUUCAGCUUUGAGUCUGUUUGAGGAAAUGCCGGAGAGGAAUGUUGUUUCUGGAAAUAUGAUUCUAACAGGUUUAGCUCAAAGUGGCAGAAUUGAGGAGGCAUGGAGGAUUUUUGACCAGAUGCCUGAAAGGAACAUCAUUUCUUGGACUGCAAUGAUUACAGGCUUGUCAAAAAAUGGGAGGAUUAUGGAAGCUCAAAUGCUUUUUGAUAGAAUGCCAGAGCAGAAUGUGGUCUCAUGGAAUGCUAUGAUUGCGGGUUAUGCACAGAAUCUGAUGUUAGAUAAAGCCUUUAAUUUGUUUAAGAGGAUGCCAGAGAGGGAUCUCCCUUCAUGGAAUGCAAUGAUCACAGGAUUUAUCCAAAACGGGGAUUUGCAAAAGGCACAGAAGUUGUUCAGUGAGAUGCCUAGUAAGAAUGUCAUCUCUUGGACAACGAUGAUGACCGGGUAUGUUCAAGAUGGUCAGAGUGAAGUGGCUUUGAGGAUUUUUUCAAAAAUGCAAUUGUCCACCGGGGUAAAGCCUAAUCAAGGAACUUUUGUGACUGUUUUGGGUGCUUGUAGUAAUUUAGCUGGUCUUGGUGAGGGGCAGCAAAUUCACCAGAUAAUUUGCAAAUCAGUUUAUCAAGGCAGUGCAUUUGUGGUAUCCGCACUCAUAAACAUGUACUCGAAAUGUGGGGAGUUAGGUACUGCUAGAAAAAUGUUUGAUGACGGGUUGACAAGCCAAAGGGAUUUGGUCUCUUGGAAUGGUAUGAUUGCAGCCUAUGCGCACCAUGGAUGUGGUAAAGAGGCAAUUCAUUUGUUCAAAGAAAUGCAAGGUUUAGGGUUCAAACCCAACUACGUCACCUAUGUGGGGUUGCUGUCUGCAUGUAGUCAUGCUGGUUUUGUGGAAGAGGGGCUGAAGUACUUUGAUGAGCUGGUGAGAGACAGCUCCAUCCAAGUGAGAGAAGAUCACUACGCAUGUUUGGUUGAUCUCUAUGGUCGAGCGGGAAGACUUGAAGAGGCUUUUAAAUUCAUUGAGAGGCUCCCAACCAAGUCAUCGGCAUGUGUUUGGGGGGCUCUUCUUGCUGGAUGUAAUGUUCACGGUGUUGAAAAUAUAGGGAAGUUGGCUGCAAAGAAACUUACAGAGGUGGAACCAGAAAAUGCUGGUACUUACCUCUUGCUGUCUAAUAUAUAUGCUUCAAAUGGAAAAUGGAGAGAAGCUGCGGAAGUGAGGUUGAAAAUGAAGGACAAAGGUUUGAAGAAGCAACCAGGUUGCAGUUGGAUUGAAGUUGGGAAUAGGGUUCAUUUGUUUGUAGUUGGCGAUAAGUCUCAUUGCCAAUCUAAGACAAUAUAUUUGUUACUCUGUGAUCUUCAUGUGAAAAUGAAGAAGGUGGGGUAUGUACCAAAUGACGAUUUUAUGGUAGACGAGUAAUCUUUGAACAUGAAUUCUUGGUGUCCAGAAUCAUUAAUGAUGCACUCAAGAUUUGGCUUUUAAAAUUGCAAUUAUUCAGAGGCUUUCAUAUAAUGGUUGACCAGACUUUUAUAUAGUAAAGAAUGAGAAUUUCUCAAUUGGUGCAGCCAAGGUUCAUGAUGUACUUAUUAGGGGAGAAUCGUGGUUUUAAGUUGGUAUGCAUGGAUGCAAGUCAUGUUAUUACUGCCUCUGCUUGGGAUAUUCAGAGCUUUUAUUUCAUUCUUCUUCAUC